CGCGCGCGCAGGCAGGGAACGUGCGCGCGCACGGCUCUGGGCUUCCUGGGUCUUGGCGGAGGGGGACGCAGCGAGAGAUCAUAUUAUUGGCAAGGAUUUGUUGGCUGGUGCCAAGAUUAGUCUUGGAGGAAGAUUUCCCACGUGGAGGACAACUGGAGCUGCUGCCUCUGCCAGUGUGGGAAUGGACAGAUUGGGCUCCUUCAGUAAUGAUCCCUUUGAUAAGCCUCCUUGCCGGGGUUGUUCUUCCUAUCUCAUGGAGCCCUACAUAAAAUGUGCUGAAUGUGGACCUCCUCCAUUCCUCCUCUGUUUGCAGUGCUUCACCCGAGGAUUUGAGUAUAAGAAGCAUCAAAGUGAUCACACUUAUGAAAUAAUGACCUCAGACUUUCCUGUUCUUGAUCCCAGUUGGACUGCUCAAGAGGAAAUGGCCCUUCUGGAGGCUGUGAUGGACUGUGGCUUUGGAAAUUGGCAGGAUGUGGCCAAUCAGAUGUGCACCAAGACCAAGGAGGAAUGUGAGAAACACUACAUGAAACAUUUCAUCAACAACCCUCUGUUUGCAUCUACCCUGCUCAACCUCAAGCAAGCAGAGGAGGCGAAAACUGCCGACACAGCCAUUCCAUUCCAGUCUACAGAUGAUCCUCCAAGACCUGCCUUUGAUUCAUUGCUUUCCCGGGACAUGGCAGGGUAUAUGCCAGCCAGAGCAGACUUCAUUGAGGAAUUUGACAACUAUGCAGAAUGGGACUUGAGAGACAUUGAUUUUGUCGAGGAUGACUCAGACAUUUUACAUGCCCUGAAGAUUGCUGUGGUAGAUAUCUAUCACUCCAGGUUAAAGGAGAGGCAGAGGCGGAAAAAGAUUAUACGAGAUCAUGGCUUAAUCAAUCUUAAAAAAUUUCAGUUGAUGGAGCGGCAUUAUCCCAAAGAGGUCCAAGAUCUUUAUGAGACAAUGAGACGGUUCGCAAGGAUUGUGGGACCAGUUGAGCAUGACAAAUUCAUUGAAAGCUAUGCAUUAGAAUUUGAGCUUCGAAGAGAAAUCAGGCGGCUUCAGGAAUACAGGACGGCAGGGAUCACCAAUUUUUGUAGUGCCAGAGCCUAUGAUCACCUCAAGAAGACCCGAGAAGAGGAGCGUCUGAAGCGCACCAUGUUGUCGGAGGUCCUUCAGUACAUUCAGGACAGCAGUGCCUGCCAACAGUGGCUCCGUCGGCAAGCUGACAUUGAUUCAGGCUUGUGUCCUUCAAUUCCAAUGGCUUCAAAUUCAGGUGAUACAGCCUACUUGCCAACCAAGAAGAAUGUCCCUUGCCAGAAACCCAAGGGUAGAAGGAGUGCACCUCCCUUGAAUCUCACUGGCCUCCCGGGUACCGAAAAACUAAAUGAGAAGGAAAAAGAGCUCCAGUUUGUAGCCACUGUGACCAACCCUGCUUACCUGGGACUUUCCACAUACAAAGGAGGGCUUCUGAGCACACCACAGCUUUCGUUGCAAGAACGAGGCUGUGAUAGUUUCCGGUUUCUUGGUGGAAGAAAAAAGAGGUGGGCUGCCCCCCAAGGAUGCAAGUGUGAUUGCUAGUGUCUUCAUGAGCUCCAGAGGUCAUAGCACACUACCACGGACUCUGAUGGCCCCUCGAAUGAUUUCCGAGGGAGAGCUCGGAGGCAUCGCCCAGAUCACGUCUUCUCUCUACCUGGGCAGGGGCAGCGUCGCUUCCAACCGCCACCUCCUCCAGGCCCGAGGGAUCACCUGCAUCGUCAAUGCCACCAUCGAAAUCCCCAAUUUCAACUGGCCUCAGUUUGAAUAUGUCAAAGUGCCUCUGGCCGACAUGCCCCACGCCCCCAUCGGGCUGUACUUUGACAGCGUGGCUGACAAGAUCCACAGCGUGAGCCGCAAGCAUGGGGCGACCCUGGUGCACUGUGCGGCCGGCGUGAGCCGCUCUGCUACUCUCUGCCUCGCUUACCUGAUGAAGUACCACAGCGUGUGCCUGUUGGAGGCAUACAACUGGGUCAAAGCCCGGAGGCCCGUAAUUAGGCCUAACGUGGGGUUCUGGAGGCAGCUGAUAGACUACGAGCGUCAGCUCUUUGGGAAGUCCACAGUUAAAAUGGUACAGACGCCUUAUGGCAUUGUCCCAGACGUUUAUGAGAAAGAGUCUCGACACCUGAUGCCUUACUGGGGGAUUUAGGCCACUGCAGCCUGCCCAGCAGCCCCAUUGAGCAGUACCAGCAUCUGCUACACACAGUCUGCUCCCCUCUACACCUUUCUUUUCACAUGAUGGACUUGUGGUUCUCCCUCGAGUGUUUUUUACAGUGGGUGUUCAAGUCUAUUUUAAGAGGUGGGGGGGUGGGGGAAGGGAUACAUUGCAUUGCUAGUGACCUUUUUAAAAGUAACCUUUUGAAAUAGUGUUUACAGAAAUCUUUAUCCAGCUUUUAAUCAUUUUUAGACAAUUUGAAAGAUAAAUAAUUGAAUGACAGGUUUUGCUCUCCCUCCCCCUGAAUCUUAUGCCUUUGACACCAUUGCAGGUACCUGAGCUCAAUUCAAAGUGACAAUCACUUUGUGCUAGGAUCAAUCCUUCAGACACGGGCUUUUUACUCAAGGCUGCCAACUAAAACAGCUGCUUAGGAGAAAUUUAUAUAAUGCUGCAGUCUUCAGUGGGUCACUUAUAUUCUUUUGCAUUUAUGAUUUACUCAACCUGCAACUUCAAAUAAGUAAACUUUUAUUUAAGUGUAAGUAAUGAUAAUGAAAUUUGCUGCAGAGUUGUCUUGGAGUCACUAAAGUGAUUCUGGAUUAUAUUAGUAUUUUUAGUAAUCUCGUAAGCUUAACCUUUUAUUAGGCAGAUUUUUAGUUUUCUUGAUAAUGAUUCACUUUUGUUUCUUGUAAUGGUAAAAGAAAGAUUGUGGUAAAAUAUGGCCCUUCUGACAAAAUUAUGAACUUAAAUACUUAAAACAGGCUUUUCAACUGAGUCAUGUAUACCCAUUCACACUGUUGCAGAUGGGCAGAUAUUAAUAUCUCAGACAAGUGCUGCUGAACACUGAGAAUAAUGUGUGUUCAGAAAAGAAGGCCUUAUUCUCAUCAGCCCAUUGUGAAUUGGAGUGCUCCAAAGCACUAGGCCCUCCAAUAUAGGUAUGUUAAAAAAAAAAAGAAAGAGUGCCUAUACUUAUAUGGAAAAACAAAACAAAACAAAAACAGAAUCGUAAAAAUGUCAAUAAAGAUUAUAAACAGCAA